UUUAUAUGUCAUUAAAUAUGAACUUAAAACCACUGCAACAAGCACAUAAACAAAGAAAAUAGAAAAAGAAAACAACAAUAAAUAACCAAAACCCAAAUACCAAAAACUCAUAUAAAAAUCAGAUCUUGAAUAAUAAUGGAGAGAAGAAACCCAAGGAGUAGUGAAUCAGAAGCCAUGGAAGCCAUGGAAGAAGGAGGCAAGAAGGCCAUUGAUAACAAUGGUGAUGAUGAGAAGGUUAUAGUGGAAGAGGCUUUUAGGAACACUGCUAUUCCACCAUGGACUAAGCAGAUCACAUUCAGGUCCGUUGUAACGAGUUUUGUUCUGAGCAUUGUGUUCAACUUCAUCGUUUGCAAGCUUAACCUUACGACGGGUGUUAUUCCGUCGUUGAAUGUCGCCGCUGGGCUUUUGGGCUUCGCUGUCGUAAAAGGCUAUUCCGGCAUGCUUGAAAAGAUUGGGAUUCUGAAACAACCUUUUACCCGUCAAGAAAACACUGUCAUCCAAACGUGUGUCGUUGCCUCUUCCGGCAUCGCUUUUAGCAGUGGAACUGCAAGUUAUUUACUGGGAAUGAGUGGAAAAAUAGCAGCACAAGCAGAGGAAGGAAACACUCCAUCCAACGUGAAGGAACUCUCUAUUGGUUGGAUGAUUGGAUUUCUCUUUGCUGUGAGCUUUGUGGGCUUGUUCUCUAUUGUGCCUCUUAGAAAGGUGAUGAUUCUGAGAUACAAAUUAACAUACCCAAGUGGAACUGCAACAGCAUAUCUUAUCAAUAGCUUUCACACCCCAAAAGGAGCUAAGCUAGCAAAGAAACAGGUUGCUGUACUCUUCAAAAGCUUCUGCUUCAGCUUCAUUUUUGCAUUUUUCCAAUGGUUUUAUGCUGCUGGUGAUGGCUGUGGAUUUGUCAACUUCCCAACAUUUGGUCCCCAAGCCUACAAACAGAAUUUCUACUUCGAUUUUUCAUCUACAUAUGUUGGUGUGGGAAUGAUUUGCCCUUACAUGGUAAACAUAUCUUUGCUUAUUGGAGCUGUUCUUUCAUGGGGAAUCAUGUGGCCUUUGAUUGAGAACAAGAAAGGUGAUUGGUAUAGUGCUGAUUUAUCGGCUAGCAGUCUGCAUGGAAUCCAAGGCUACAGGGUUUUCAUUGCUAUAGCUAUGAUGCUCGGAGACGGUCUAUUCCAUGUAUUCUACAUGUUAAUCAAAACAAUCCACAGUCUCUCACAACAAAGUUCCGAGAAAAAAGACUCAUCCACAAUCAAUCCGGCCAUGAAUUCUUCCGACUCAAACUCCGAUUCUCUCCCCGACAACUACGACGAGCAACGCCGGGUCGAGUUCUUCCUCAAAGACCAAAUCCCCAACUGGGCAGCUUGUCUCGGAUACGUCAUCCUCGCAAUUGUUUCCAUAGUUGCAGUGCCUUUCAUCUUCAAGCAGCUCAAAUGGUACCACAUCUUGGUCGCCUACCUUAUCGCCCCUGUUCUCGCCUUUUGCAACGCAUAUGGUUGCGGCCUCACUGACUGGUCUCUGGCCUCCAACUACGGCAAAUUCGCUAUCAUUAUCUUCAGUUCUUGGGUCGGUCUAAACCAUGGAGGAGUCAUCGCAGGCCUUGCAUCUUGUGGUGUUAUGAUGAGCAUCGUUUCUACAGCUUCUGAUCUAAUGCAAGACUUCAAGACCGGUUAUCUAACUUUGGCUUCUCCGAGGUCUAUGUUUUUCAGCCAAGUGUUGGGAACAGCAAUGGGAUGCGUAAUGUCACCAUUGGUGUUCUGGUUCUUCUACAAAGCUUACCCAAUUGGUGACCCCAAUGGUGCAUACCCUGCUCCUUACGGGUUAAUGUACCGAGGCAUCGCUUUACUUGGGGUGGAAGGUAUCUCUUCUUUCCCCAAAAACUGCCUCAAACUCACCAUACUCUUCUUCGUCAUCGCCAUCGUUAUGAAUCUAGCUCGGGAGGUGUUGCAGCAUUACAAGAUCAAUGCUUAUAAGUACAUCCCGAGCCCCAUGUGCAUGGCGAUUCCGUUCUAUCUCGGAGGGUAUUUCGCCAUUGAUAUGUGCGUGGGAAGCUUGAUUCUGUUCCUAUGGCAGAGAAAGAACAAACAGAAAGCUAAUGAUUUCGCUCCGGCCGUUGCUUCGGGACUCAUCUGUGGAGAGUCUCUGUGGGGAGUUCCUGCUGCUAUUCUGGCUCUUGCUGGAGUGAAAGCUCCUCUUUGCAUGAAGUUUUUGACUGCGUCUGUGAAUGACAAGGUUGAUGCUUUCUUGAAUCCCUCUUGAUCAUAUUCAUCAUCAACUUUUGUUUGUACAUUCCAUAUAUAUAUUUUUAUAUUUGUGCCAGUUAUUUUUAUUUUGUGUAGAACUGAAAAGAUUAGAAUUUUUAGGAUUUGGUAAACAGAGUGUUAUUCUAUUUGAUAGUGUAUUGGAAAUCUUUCAUGUUAGUUUAAUCUCUUUACUGGAAAUAUGAUUUGUGGGGGUUAUUAAUGUUAUUUAUGUUAUUGGGAAAUUACCACGUAACAUUAUUUUGGCCA